AUGUAUGAUCUGUGCAAAUAUGGCAAUGUACACAUGCUCCAACACUACCUCAUGACCCUUGCUGUACCAGGCCAAACGCUAUACUUGCUCAAUGAUGAGUAUGACCUAGUCUCGCACCUGCCCAUGGCCAUUGACACGGGCAACGAACAUUUUGUUCGUCUGCUACUCCAACACAUCAACAUGGACAACAUCGAGCGAGCCAACUUCCCGCUCACCGAGGUCAAGUUCAAUCGACCAGGCAUCAGCGUUGCUAUGCUCAAGGUGUUGAACGAGGAGUUUGGCUGUCUGUUCCACAUCAUCCGCCUCUGGCAAGCGGCACUCAUACACUCGACAUCUUGCAACAUGGUUCAGAGUGUGCAGUACAUGCUGGAUAACAUGGGGGUGGGCAUGAGCAUGCAGCUAUACGAUGACGAUGAGAAGGAUGUCAUUGUCAUAUGCUUGCUCCACUGUGCCAAAGAUGGCAACGUCAACAUGUUCCACAUGUUGGUCCAGUCCAACAUUGGCGCCAAGUACCUGGACAACCUUUGGUUGAUCAACAUUGGACACAUUGUGGAGGAGGCAUUGGACCAUGGUCACGAGGCAUUCAUCAAGUAUCUCCAUCAACAUUAUCAUGGCAAGGGUAAAAUCAAGCCCAAGGUGGAGCAGCAGAUACUCAACUGCUUUGAAUCACCCGAGGACAUUCCAGCAAGCAGGCUACGGGUCACGCCAAUGCGCGCAAUACUCAGCAAUGACCACGCCAGUCUGAGGUCACUGAUCAGUCAGAACAAUAGGACCGCAGUGUGUUUGGACGAGGAUGUAUGUCUGGCGAUGUCCAAGCCAGUCGCCACGCUCCUUGGUGGUCAUUCGGAAUGGAGCUUCACAGGCAAGUCGCUGCUCAACAUGAUCAAGGCGGCUGCCAGGCCUGGCAGCUGCAAUAUCACGGUGGACCUGGUGUGUCAGUACAUUGAUAAAUGGAACGGUGUUGACCUGCCAUACUAUUGCAUUACCGAGGCCGCCAAGUACUCUGCACGAAUAAUGCAGCAUAUUCUUGCAAGGUUCCAUCACUCCUUAGACAUCCAUUGUCUAGAGAAUGCGCUGAAAAUGAAUUGCCGCGAGACAAUGGAGUAUUUCUUCAACAACAUUGGAGAGAUUGGUCUGAAAAACUAUCAUGUCGAGAGUGCUGCCAUCAAGUUUGUGUCCAAGGCAUCAUUGGACAACGUCAUCUUCAUGUUGGAUCGCAUGGACAUGGUCAAAAGAGAUUUCAAAAUAUGCACUCAAGCCAUCAAAAAUCCUAGAUUGAAAGUGUUUGAAUACUCAUUCAAUCUAUUCACAAUGGAGCAGGUACAACAUAUGCCACAUGGCAAUGCUUUGGACAAGUUGGUGCAUGAGGCAUACGUCAAGGACAGGCCAGAUAUAGUCCAGUGCAUCCAUCAACGCAUUAUGGGUCAAGUGCCCAUGAUGGGUCCAAUCGUGCCGACACUCACACAUCUACUCAUGAUGGCUGAGAACAAUGCAUAUCACUCACUCGAGUACCACUUCAACUCAUCAACAUUCAACAACAUGUCAAUCACACAUCGAUUACGAACACUCCAUUCAAUCAUUCAAUAUCGUCACAUUGGUGGGGCGACUCGAGUGAUCAAGCUUUGCAUCGAUCACAUCAAGCCCAUCACUCAACUGAAUGAACAUCAGAUCAAUCACAAGAGGUUUGAGGAAUCAUUCCACUCAAACAACAAUAACAUUGAGGUUGUUGUUGAUUAUGAUCAAGAAGUGAAGUUGAUUGAAGAUCAUUGUUUGAUUGAUUAUCUCAAAGCUGGCGCAACAGACUUGUUCCUCAAGGCAUACUCAAAGUCAUCGUUUGUAAACAAACACUAUCCAAACACAACAUUACUGGAUUUGGCAUUGUUCAAGUGCGACACACGCGCAGUCGAUGUACUCCUUGCCAACCCCAACAUGUCAAUAGACCAUCGUCACGCGAACAUGGAAAAAAUAUUUGCAAGCCCAUCAUUAUAUGAUGAUGAUGAUAUGUGUUCACAUCCUGCCUGGGAGUUGAUGUUUGAUCACUUAAUAAUGAUGAUGAAUCAGGGAGCACCUAUCAAGCUCACUCGAGACAUCUUGUCAUUGGUCCAACAUCCGCCUUUACUUCGCAAGCUCAUCAAGUGUCACUCCUCAACUACAAGCAAUCUCAAAGGACUGCUUGACGACAACAUUAUUAAUAUCCAUCAUAUGACUGAUAGAUGGUUGACCAAACCAUGGGCACUGGAGAUGCUCCAAGAACUCCAGAAGCAUGAAAUAUUAUCCGAUAAUAUCUUGGCACAGCUUCUUCUCAUGGCCAUCGAAUAA